UGCGUUCCAGAUACCGGAAGUGACUGCGGUGACCCCUGCCGGCUUCCCUGACUGCCGGAAGCGCUUCCCGUACCCUGACCAGAGAUCAGCGUGACUUUCACAGGGAGCCGGGUAACCAUGCUGCGUCUUCUCCGUGCGGUCCCGGUGGUCGGCCGCCAGCUCUCCGGUCACAGCCGGGUGACAGCUCGGCACCAGCUGCUCCUGAACAUCUGCCGACAUUGCUCCUCAGGAAUAGUGCCCAAUGAAAGGAUUCGCAACAUAGGAAUUUCUGCUCACAUUGAUUCUGGCAAAACAACACUGACAGAGCGUAUUCUUUAUUACACUGGGCGCAUAGCACAGAUGCAUGAGGUGAAAGGUAAAGAUGGUGUGGGUGCUGUUAUGGAUUCAAUGGAAUUGGAGCGCCAGAGAGGUAUCACCAUUCAGUCUGCUGCCACCUACACCAUGUGGAAAAACACAAACAUCAACAUAAUUGACACACCAGGGCAUGUGGAUUUCACAAUUGAAGUAGAAAGAGCCCUGAGAGUAUUGGAUGGGGCAGUACUUGUUUUGUGCGCUGUUGGAGCGGUCCAGUGCCAGACCAUGACUGUGAACAGACAAAUGAAGCGAUACAAUGUGCCGUUCCUAACGUUCAUCAACAAAUUGGACAGACAGGGUUCUAAUCCCAUUAGGGCAGUGCAGCAACUAAAGGCUAAAUUAAACCAUAAUGCAGCUUUUGUCCAAAUUCCAAUUGGACUUGAGAGUAACUUUAAAGGAAUUCUGGACCUUGUGGAGGAACGCGCCGUGUAUUUUGAUGGAGAGUUUGGGCAACAUGUGCGUUCUGAAGACAUUCCGGCGGAGUUCAGAGCUGAGGUAGCAGAUAGGCGGCAAGAACUGAUAGAAAGUGUUGCUAAUUCUGAUGAAAUUUUAGGGGAGAUGUUCCUGGAGGAAAGAAAACCCACUACUGCUGAAUUAAAGCAAGCUAUCCGAAGAGCCACUCUGAAGAGGCUGUUUACACCUGUUCUAGUUGGAAGUGCCCUUAAAAAUAAGGGUAUCCAACUUCUCCUAGAUGCCCUGUUAGAGUAUCUUCCAAACCCAUCGGAAGUAUCAAAUUAUGCUAUUCUCAAUAAAGAAAGUUCAGAAGAAUCUACAAAGUUUUUAAUGAGCUCUGACAGAGAUGACUCGCAACCGUUUGUUGGACUGGCGUUCAAACUGGAAGCUGGUCGCUUUGGUCAACUAACAUAUGUUCGAGUGUACCAGGGAAUGCUCAAGAAAAGUGACUACAUUUACAAUACAAGGACUGGCAAGAGAGUGCGGGUACAAAGGCUGGUUCGUCUCCAUGCAGAUGUGAUGGAGGAUGUGGAGGAGGCCUAUGCAGGAGACAUCUGUGCCCUGUUUGGGAUUGAUUGCGCAAGUGGUGACACCUUUGCUAGCAAAUCCAAUGACAAUAUAUCUAUGGAAUCCAUCCACGUACCAGACCCAGUCAUCUCUGUAGCAAUAAAGCCAGUGAAUAAGAUUGAUCUGGACAAGUUUUCUAAAGGUAUCAAUCGGUUUACUCGAGAAGACCCUACUUUCAGAGUGUUCUUUGAUACAGAGAGUAAGGAGACCAUUGUUUCUGGCAUGGGAGAGCUACACUUGGAGAUUUAUGCUCAGAGGAUGGAGAGGGAAUAUGACUGCCUGUGCACCUUGGGCAAGCCUAAAGUUGCUUUCAGGGAGACUGUUCAAAAAUCAGUGGCGUUUGAUUUCACCCAUAAAAAGCAAUCUGGUGGAGCAGGCCAGUUUGGUAGGGUCACUGGGUUUAUUGAGCCGCUUGAUGCUGAAGAUUACACAAAGGUGGAAUUUGAAGACAGAACUGUAGGAACGAAUGUCCCCAAACAGUACAUCCCUGCUGUGGAGAAAGGUUUCCGUGAUGCCUGUGAGAAAGGAAUUCUUACUGGGCACAAAGUUUCCGGCAUACGCUUUGUCCUGGAAGAUGGUGCAAAUCACAUUGUGGAUUCCAAUGAAAUCUCCUUCAUCAGAGCUGGCGAGGGAGCCUUAAAGCAAGCUUUGGAGCAUGCAACAAUAUCCAUUCUGGAACCGAUAAUGUCUGUAGAAGUCAAUGCACCAAAUGAAUUCCAAGGGUCUGUGAUUGCUGGCAUUAACCGCAGACAUGGAGUAAUCGUAGGUCAAGACGGAGCAGAGGACUAUUUUACACUGUAUGCUGAUGUUCCACUUAAUGAUAUGUUUGGCUAUGCAAGUGAACUGCGAUCUUGUACAGAGGGGAAGGGUGAAUACACAAUGGAGUACAGCAAAUACCAGCCCUGCUUAGCCAAUACCCAGGAAGAAUUGGUCAACAAAUAUCUGGAAGCCACUGGGCAACUUCCAGCGAAGAAAGGAAAAUUCAAGAACUGACCUUGUUUCUUUUGAUUCACCCUGUAUAGAGAUCUGGGUCUAUCUCUGUUUUUAUCUGACAGAUAAUUUUCUGCUGUGUUACAGGACUUUCUAUAGCGUGGUUACAACAAAUAGCAAAUGUUCAUUGUUGGUUUUUGUAAAACCCUUGAACAUGUAAUACAAAAUUCCCAUGUGGAUCUGGUUAAGGAAGAAGCUACUUUAUACAUUAAACAAGACAUUGUCAAAUACUGAAUACUGUAGCUCAAUUGUGAAACAGGCCAUCCAGCCUUACUCUAUUGCAGUCCUCUAGGUGCCAUUCAACUUGCGCUGUAUGGCGUAAUAUAUUGAGUGUUCCAGCGUAAUGGAUGCUCAGAGAACCGUAAGUUAUUUCUAGCUGGCCUUUCUGUAAUACAGAAGCUUUUACACACCUGUAAGAAAACAGCUAAGCUUGGUGUACAACCACGGAAUAAAGACCACUAAUACAUG